AUGCAUCUGAGCAUGAAGAUGCAGAUAGACUGGUUUAAUACGUAUUACCAGCAAAAAAUAUGUAAAGGACAGGACCUGCAAACUUGCAAGCCUGAUUUUGAGAAUGCCCUCUUCUGGAUUGGUGAGAUGGGGGUGAAUGACUACUCUCGUAGUUUCAAAACCUCCAUCUCCAUGCAGAUGCUCACAGAUUCGUGUAUUCUUCAUAUCAACCAACUCUUAAUGACAUUGUUGCAAAAUGGAGCAAGGUACAUUGUGGUUCAAGGACUACCUCCUGUUGGGUGCCUCUCAUCAGGCGUUUCACUCUGUCCGCUGAAAAACCUCGAUAAAAUGGGAUGUGUUACGAUUAUUAACACAGCAAUUAUGAUGCACAACCAAAUACUUCAGAAAAAGAUAGAAGGAUUUCAGAGACAAUACCCAGAUAGAGCAAUCAUCUAUGGAGAUUCCUGGAAUGCAUAUAUGGCCAUACUUGCAAGUCCGCAGAAGUACCAAAUUCAGGAGCCCUUCAAGGCGUGCUGUGGAGCAAGAGAUGGGCUAUUUAACUUUAAUCAACACUCUUUCUGCGGCUUUCCAGGAACAACCACUUGUCCAGAUCCUAGCAAAUAUGUCAAUUGGGAUGGGAUUCAUCUUACAGAAGCUAUGCAUAAACACAUAACUCAACUUUUACUCCACGGAGGUUUCUGUCAUCCAUCAUUUGAUACCAUAGUAAAGAAAAAACUUGGUACAUAG